AUGCCUCGUCGUCAUGCCUCCCCAGCCCGUUCGGAAAACGAAUUUGACAUCGGUGCCUCCCUCUUCGGCCAAAAUGCAGACUCCGAUGCAGAAACCGCGAACGGCUCCGUGCCGAAUGCUGUUCCCAAUGGCGACCUCGAUAUUAUGGCCGAAUCUGGCUCCGACGAUGAAGCAAUCAUUGCCGCACACCAGGCCGCCUCCAAUCGCAAAAGUUCAAAUCUCAAGGGCCGCACAGUGAAAAAAGGUGGAGCAUUUCAGUCCAUGGGUCUCAAUGCAAACUUACUCAAGGCCAUCACCAAAAAAGGUUUCUCUGUCCCUACUCCCAUCCAGCGAAAGACGAUUCCUCUUCUCCUCAGUGACAAGGACGUUGUGGGAAUGGCCAGAACUGGUUCCGGCAAGACUGCAGCCUUUGUCAUCCCAAUGAUUGAGAAACUCAAGGCACACUCUCAGAAAGUCGGUGCUCGUGCCCUGAUCAUGUCUCCUUCAAGAGAAUUGGCCCUGCAAACCCUGCAAGUCGUCAAGGAUCUCAGCCGGGGAACAGACUUGCGAUCCAUCCUCCUUGUUGGUGGUGACAGCCUUGAAGAACAAUUUGCUUCCAUGUCAACUAACCCCGAUAUCGUCAUCGCUACCCCUGGUCGCUUCCUCCAUCUCAAGGUCGAAAUGGGCCUAGAACUGCACAGCAUCAGAUAUAUUGUCUUCGACGAGGCUGACCGACUCUUCGAAAUGGGUUUUGCUGCUCAGCUGACCGAAAUCCUCCACGCCCUCCCAGCUUCGAGACAGACAUUACUCUUCUCUGCUACUCUUCCCAAAUCUCUAGUAGAAUUUGCUCGCGCUGGUUUGCAAGAUCCCGUCCUGGUCAGACUUGAUGCCGAUAGCAAGAUCUCCCCCGACCUCCAAAGUGCCUUCUUCACUCUCAAAUCCUCGGAGAAAGAAGGUGCUCUUUUGCACAUUCUCCAGGACAUCAUCAAAGUUCCAACACAAUCACAGCUAAUCUCCUCCGCUACGCCGGCUCCCACCGAAGAAUCCAAACCCGGAAAGAAGAGGAAGAGAUCAGAAACGCAAGAACAUGUCUUGCCCAGCUCGAAUCCUUAUUCCACUAUCGUCUUUGCCGCCACAAAGCAUCAUGUCGAAUAUAUAGCCCAAGUUCUCCGACUGUCAGGAUAUGCUGUUUCCUAUGUCUAUGGCUCGCUCGACCAAACAGCUCGAAAAGACCAAGUCCAGGCAUUCCGAUCAGGUAGAAGCAAUAUCCUCGUGGUCACCGAUGUAGCCGCUCGAGGUAUUGAUAUUCCCGUCCUGGCCAACGUCAUCAACUAUGAUUUCCCCUCGCAGCCCAAAAUUUAUAUUCAUCGAGUCGGACGAACUGCCCGCGCGGGCCAAAAAGGUUGGAGUUACAGUCUGGUGCGGGAUUCUGACGCUCCUUACCUCCUCGAUUUACAACUCUUCCUUGGCCGGAAAUUACUAGUUGGCCGACAAACUGACCCUUCAUCCUCGGUCAACUUUGCACAGGAUGUAGUGGUUGGAAGUCUGAGGCGGGAAGAUCUUCAAACCAGUGCUGAGUGGGUGACGCGAUCUCUCGAGGACAGUGUGGAUCUCUCAUCGUUGCGAAGUGUUGCACAAAAGGGUGAGAAACUCUACCUUCGAACUCGCAACCCUGCUUCAUCGGAAAGUGCAAAACGAUCAAAAGCUCUGGUAGCCUCCCAGUCUUGGUCAGAACUACACCCACUGUUUAACAACGAGUCCGACAACCUUGAAGUGGAAAGGGAGAAAAUGUUGGCAAGAGUCGGUGGAUUCCGUCCUCAGGAAUCAAUCUUUGAGAUUGGCGCUAGGAGAGGUGGACGCAAGAAUAACGAGGAAGCCGUUGAUGCAAUCCGUAAAAUUCGAUCUGGCCUCGAAGUUCGCAAGCAAAAAUCAGCCGAACAGUCAGCUGUGCCCGAACCCUUGGACGAUCAAUCCCCCAACGGUGUACAACCCACCGAUGAGCAGAAUUCCACCUUCGAAGACGAAGACGGAGACGAUGCCCUCUCCACCGCCUCAACCACAGACCUUGAGGUGACAUUCACACAACCGUACGCGAAAAAGAACAAAACCACACACGACGCCUCUCCAAGCACCUACCGCGACCCCGAGAACUUCAUGUCCUACCACCCCACAUCCCACAACUUCACCGACGACAAAGCCUACGGCGUACAUUCAGGUAGCAACACAGCAUCCAACUUCACAUCCGCCGCACGGUCCGCAACAAUGGACCUAGGAGGCGACGAAUCCGGAAACAAGAAUUUCGGCGAAGCCAGAUCCAUCAUGCGAUGGGACAAGCGACACAAGAAAUACGUGAGAAGAGAUAACGACGACGACGGAUCACGUGCAAACGACCCAGACCGAAGACUCGUGCGAGGAGAAUCCGGAGCCAAAAUUGCCAGUAGCUUCAAGAGUGGACGGUUCGAAAAGUGGAAAAAAGCGAAUCGAGUCGGCCGGUUACCACGAAUUGGUGAGGCUGAGGCUGGGACUGGUACUGGCACAGGUACGACGAGUGCUGAUGGCGCCAACGGUAAACGAUACCGCCAUAAACAAACCGCCCAACCCAAAGCACCGGAUAAAUUACGCGGUGAUUAUGAAAAGCAGAAAUUAAAGGCGAAUAGUGCCAAAGAACGCCUUGCAGGAACGGAGGGCAAUUCUAAGGAAUUGAGAAGUGUUGAUCACAUGGUGAAAGAGAGGUGGGCGAAAGAUAAGAGACGAGAAAAGAACGCUAGACCUAGUCAUCGAGGAGGGGGGAGUGGUGGUAGUGCAAGAGGGAGAGGUAGUAUGAGUCGUGGUGGUGGUGGUGGUGGAGGGAGGGGAAGGGGAGGAGGUCGUGGGAGAGGGAGGUAA